ACCCCAUCCCCCUCUCACUAUCUGCUAUCCCCGGGGCCUCCGACAUAGCCCUCUCUAAUUCCCCUCUCUUUCCAGUUACUAUUUUCCCAAUCUCUUUCCUUCACGAUUUUUAAAAAAGUUCGACUUGAUUAUUCGCAUAGGUGUUUAUUUGUGGCUAUCUGGUGACUAUUGCGAUCAACUGAUGCGAGCAUUAAAUAAUACGUCAACGGCCGCAUUCGUUUAGUCGUUAAUCACCCAGGUCACCUUUUUGAAACACGAGCCAUCCCGAUAGCUUUGACUAGGCAGGCUGGCACAAUCUCGUCCAAGCAAGGCGCUUCAGAACACUCUUGUUCGCCACAACCCACGCUUCUCUGCAGGACGGAGGAGCUUUUCAUCUUCAAGGUCUAGUAAAAUAGCAUCCUACGCCGUUCGAACAUGCUCAAUUGAAGACUCCACGCUCGCUUUGGUUCCAUUUGUGUCACCCCGGAUAUGGAGGUCUUGUCAGGCGCUGCCAGUUCAGCCUUGCCGCGCUCCCACUCCUCGUCCAACCUUCCAACCCGCCAGUCCAGCGAAUUCAAACAUGUCCGAUCUACUCGUGAUUCCGAAGAAUUACCUCGGUCUGCCAGCUUCACCUUCCUACCAGGUCUCGACCUCGACACCUUCAAACUCAACGACUACUUUGACGCUGAGGUACCAGUUGAACCAUUCAAGCUCUCCCGGACAUCAUCGGAAGCUACGAUUACUGAGAAGGGUCAUUCGAAACAUGGAGAAAGUAAAAGCCAACAGCAAGGGCUACAGGCAGCCGACAAACGCAAAUCCACUGUGUCGGGGUGGGUGUCAAGGGUCCGAGGGAGCCCCGAACGGACCAUAUCGUUACCCUGGAAGGCACCUACCGACCGAACCACGCAGUCUCGUCCUAUACCGAUAAGAACUUCCUCAACGAGGUCGACAGCGUCGCAAUCGCGAGCACAAUCUGACGACAGCAGUUCUUCCAGAUCGUCCUCCAGGUCGCCUUCCCCAAGCAAGAAGCUGGUGUCUGAUUUGAUGGGCCACAGCCCUGAUGAUCAUUCCACACCUCCAAGCUCUAUAUCAUCCUCAAGCCCGAAACAAUCUAUAGCUGCCUUAUCGAUACGAUCUGGGCUAUCUAAAGCGAAGAACCGAUCUGAGAGCCCAGGGGCGGGAUUAGUGAGAAGGGGUACUCAGCUACUCAAGCGGUCAAAGAAGAUUCAGACCAGCACCUUUGAUGACGGCAGCUCUCGAUUUUCAAACACAUCCAACAACAGCUUGGGAGGAAUAUCUACGCUGAACAUCAAUGGCCUAUCUACCCCCGCAACAAGCAGACCAAACUCGAGAGGCCUGAAAGGCAAGCUUGCCCCUCUGGCAAUGCACUCAGCACAGAAGAAAGAUGAGCUCUGGCCGGCCUUUUGUUCAUUGGACUCUGAUUUCCGGAAAUUCCAGACCAAGACGAGUGCUUUAAAGGCUCAGGUCGUACGAUCGACUCUCUUGCCAUUUCUACGAAAUGAUUUCUAUCUUGAUCACCCAUCGACUAGAAAUCUAGAACCCGAGCACCUGGAUAGAAGAGUCAAUGUUCUCGAUAAGUGGUGGAUAGGAUUACUGGACAUGAUUGACACGCAGAAUGGCAUGUCAGGAGUGGACAGGCCAGUGAUUCUCGAGGCCAUGGCAGAGAUCAUGGCCCGGCCAGAAUGGCGGUUACCACCGUCCCUAUUCGCACCAUUGGGGGACAAGCCAGCGGCUACUGAUAUGGCAAGGAGUCAAUCUACUGGAUCUUUCUCAUCUAGCUCAUCUGGAUUUGUUACCGAUUCGGUUUAUCAUAAUGUACGCACGACAUUUAUUCGAAAUUUGAAUGCCCAGAUGAGCACUAUUGUGGAGAAAAUGUCUCUUAGACAUGCCCCAGCAAGUCUUGUUACAUUUUGUGGGAAAGCCACCGCAUAUGCCUUCUUCUUUUGCCCUGGAGUCGCCGACGCACUUGUGCGGGUCUGGAGAACACCACUGGAAACGGUCAAGAGAGUCGCAGAUGAAUUUGGAUUGCCCCGACGGUAUACCAGCCCGAAUGGUGGGAGCGACGAUAUUGUCGACGCAUUUCCACCCAAUCUGCAAAUGCUGGGUUGGACAUCAGCAAAGAUGCUUUCCAACCAGCUACAAAGACCUGCAAAGCUGCCUCUGGAGGUUGCAAAGAUCGCAUGGGGUGGCGCAUGGGCUGGCCGAUGGUGUGGACGAGACAGCGACCUGUUUUACGUGUUCUGCAAGCAUUAUCAUAUUCUCAUGGAGGAAUUUGUACCUGCUGACACACCACUUAUCGAGAAGGCCCGGGCACCGGCAUUCGUGCUUGUGCAUGCCCAGAUUGUGACGGUGCUUGAUGGAACGUUUAACAGGAAGCCAGCAGCUGCAGCUGGAGCUGGCCCGAUAUCGCUACUUGGUGGCUCUCUGGCGGGUGCUGAUGCAUCAGCAGCGGCUCUACCACUUCUGCCAUCCAGCAAUCUAGUUCGACUGAUGUGUGAGAACCGUCUGAUUAUGCUGGUGCGAGACUUCUUGUCGGAACAGCCACAGGACGUCAGCGAGGCACGGCGAACAUUCGCAGAGUCAUUUGCGCUCUCUUUGAAAGCUGCCACGAAGAGGACAUCGCUGUAUAACCACAACGCAUGUUCCAUCUUGUGCGACUUUCUCGAGGAGGUUCUUCCGAUAUACCUGCGGUACAACACCACGAACUCAUUCCAUAUCGACUGCAUCGACUGGUGGUUCUGGCUCGAAGUCUGCCAAAAGAUGCUAGAAAGCGACAACCAAAUGACCGAAAUCCGCCUCCUAUCCUUCGUCUACACGACCUGGAACAUCCUCACCGUCGUCGACCACCGCAAAGAAGUCGUCUGCCUCGACUGGCUCCUCUCCGAGCCCACCUUCGAAAAACUCUUCAUGCACUGGUCCCCCAUGGUCCGCGCCUACUUCAUGCGCCUCCUCUGCUGGCGCAUCUGCCGCUUCGAAAACGACGCCACCCAGCUCGAGACCCAGAUCCUCAGCACCGUCUCCUCGCGCCUCAAGCGCAUCUGGUCCUACUACCAGCACCAGAAACACACCGCCCUCCACACCAGCAGCCCCAUCCCCUCAUCAACCCCCUGCCUCCCCGCCCCAGGCCGUCGCCUCCUAAUCAUCCGCAACGAAACGCACCCACCGCCACCAAACCACUUCCUCAGCUUCGACGGCAUCAUCUCUGGCGCCCCUCGCCCACCCUCCCCUACACGCCGCCACUCCACCGCCCCAUCCCCACCUCCCCCUGCCGACUCCACCGCGCCCCGCCGCCGCUGGAGCAUCCUCGGCAAAAUAAACCCCUUCAUAGCCGACCCUAAUGCCCCCCCCCAACCCACAACCCUCGAAGCCGCCCGCCUCGCCACAGCAGCCUCGCGCUCCCCAUCCUCUUUCUCUCCCUCUCCCCCACCCGCACCUGCACCUGAUCCACCUACCCCAACCUACCGCGCUUUCUCCUUCCGCUUCUCUCUCGAGUGGCACGGCGGCCACAUGCAGAGCGCGUCAGACCGGCGCAUCUUCGGGCGCGACCGCGUGCUCGGCGUGCCGCGGCUCCCCGGGGCGGCUCAGACGUUCUUGCUGGAGACGGUGGAGGGCGCGGCGGAUGAGGUGCCGGGAGUCCAGGGGGGUUCGAGGUAUGCGGGACGUGCGCUGGCGGAGUGGGAGAUGGUUGCGAGGGAGCUGGAGGGGUUUGUGGAGAGGAGGUUUGGGGAGGGGGUUCCGAGUCUUGGGGCCGUGGAGGUGCCUGAGUUGAGGGCUGAGGGGAGGAGGUGGUAGGUUGAGGAAUCGGAAGACAGAACGGAUGGUUGAGCGGACGAGAGUGGCAGGAUGGCUGGGAUUGCAGUCCUGUCGAGCGGUUCAUCGUUGUCAUGAACAUUUUUUUAUUGUAUUUGUGGAGAGGCUACUUUGAUUUUUAUCUCACCGGCGUCUCUACCUCACCGGGAGCCCUGCGCAACGCCGUGGGCUACCCAUUGCUCCUUUUUUUUUCUCUUAGUUUAUACCGCGGACUGGCUUGGAUGAGUCGCAUCAUUUGUUUUUUCAUAUAUGGGGAGUUUGGCUGGGGGUGGAUUUGUAUAAUGGCUUCAGGGCCCAGAAAAUGGGAGGAAAUGGAUGGAUGGAUGGAAAUACGGUGGAGUGGGAAUUAUUUACACAUUACAAAGGAGUACAUACCUAGAACUCGGAAUACCAUAUUGUUUUUCAG